UCCUGCCUGCCCUGCCCGGUCCCUCCCCGCUCCGCAGAGCCCGUCCCUCCGUCCGUCGGGGGCAGGGCUAGAGCUACCUGGGAAGCUCCACUGGCUCCUUCCCAGCCCUGCCAGAUGUGCCUCCAAGUUGGACUACGCAAGGGACUGGCCCCGGGGGUCCUUCCCUGCUGCCUCUGCUGCUGACCCCUGGCUUUCAGCUCCACCAUCUCCCUGACCUGUCCCCACUGCUCAUCCAAAGCAAGCUGCCAUUGGGUGUCCUUCAUCCAUAAUCUCUGCUGUGUCCUGUGGGCUCCUGCUGCAGACCCUCCCUGGUUUCCCCCCUGUGGUCAGCAAUGCCCUUUCCUGGUGCAACGGGACCCUCUGAGGAAUUGCUCUGGAGCUCGAGCCCAGUCUGCAGGCAGGAAAUGGAGUCCAAGGUCUCUGAAGGUGGCCUGAAUGUCACCCUCACCAUCCGGCUGCUGAUGCAUGGCAAGGAAGUCGGAAGCAUCAUUGGGAAGAAAGGAGAGACUGUGAAGAAGAUGCGUGAGGAGAGUGGAGCAAGGAUCAACAUCUCGGAGGGGAACUGCCCUGAGCGAAUCGUGACCAUCACCGGCCCCACUGAUGCCAUCUUCAAGGCUUUUGCCAUGAUUGCCUACAAAUUUGAGGAGGACAUAACCAACUCCAUGAGCAAUAGCACUGCCACCAGCAAACCUCCGGUGACGCUGAGGCUGGUCGUGCCAGCUAGUCAGUGCGGCUCACUGAUUGGCAAAGGAGGCUCCAAGAUCAAAGAGAUCAGGGAGUCAACAGGUGCUCAGGUUCAAGUGGCGGGGGACAUGCUGCCCAACUCCACGGAGCGGGCGGUGACAAUCUCGGGGACACCCGACGCAAUUAUCCAGUGUGUCAAACAGAUCUGUGUGGUGAUGCUGGAGUCCCCACCAAAAGGUGCCACCAUUCCCUACCGCCCAAAGCCCGCCUCCACCCCUGUCAUUUUUGCAGGUGGUCAGGCCUAUACAAUUCAGGGACAAUACGCCAUUCCACACCCGGAUCAGUUGACCAAGCUCCACCAGUUGGCUAUGCAGCAAACCCCCUUUACUCCCCUUGGACAGACCACCCCCGCUUUCCCUGGAGAAAAGCUGCCCUUACAUUCCUCCGAAGAAGCUCAAAAUCUGAUGGGCCAAUCAUCAGGUUUGGAUGCCAGUCCCCCGGCCAGUACUCAUGAACUCACCAUUCCCAAUGAUCUAAUAGGCUGCAUAAUCGGACGCCAAGGGACCAAAAUCAAUGAAAUUCGGCAGAUGUCGGGAGCGCAGAUCAAAAUCGCCAAUGCCACGGAAGGGUCAUCAGAGCGCCAAAUUACCAUCACGGGAACCCCUGCAAACAUCAGCCUUGCGCAGUACCUCAUCAACGCCAGCUCUCCAGACCCUGAUCCCCACGGGAGGGAAUAACCUUCACUGCCUGACUGGAGCGCCGCAGCCAACAUGGUGCCGGUGGCUGAAGCUUGAGAUCCCCUGCUCCCUUGAAGACACUGCUGGCUUCCCGUGGGCUUUUCCCUCUCCUCCGUGGCACCUUUCAGGCUGGCUGCUUGAAGCCCCCUGCCCAUGGCUGCCCAGACCCUGCUCCUUCAGUGGUGGUGGGACCGGGACAUUUGAGCAGCAGCUGGCAGGAGGACACAGCAGCUUGCUUCCCCCAUUGCUCCCCUCUGCGCUUCCUCGUCACCCCUCCUCUGCUGCUUUGCAAUGUAUUUUGUGGCUUAAUUGUGUCAUUACAAUAAAGCUUUUGUUGCUUGAG